AUGGCUGCUUUAAGGAACCGGUAUACGGUGUCCAGACCUGUGUACUCUGAGGACAGCUUUGCCGAAGACCAUGAGAAGGUCUACAGGAUGCACAAGACCAUGUGGGACCAUACCAAGCAGUACCUGACCUGCAAUUCAAAGCGUGCUAAGAAUGCAGUGCUGUCUUUUCUGCCUAUUAUUGGAUGGAUGAGGAUCUACAGGGUCCGAGAAUGGCUGCUGGGUGACGUGGUAUCAGGGAUCAGCACUGGACUGGUGGCUAUCAUGCAAGGACUUGCUUUCUCUCUGCUGGCCGAGCUGCCUCCCAGUUAUGGGCUUUACACUGCUUUCUUCCCCAUGCUGACCUACUUCUUCCUGGGAACUUCCAGGCACAUAUCUGUGGGCUCCUUCCCAGUCCUGAGUCUGAUGGUGGGAGCGGUGGUGAUCCGCCUGAUCCCAGAUGAAGGAGUACCACUAGUCAACUUGACAACCUCAGGCAAUCUAACUCUGGACCAGCAGAGAGUCCUGGUGGCCUCCUCUGUGACCUUCCUAAUGGGGGUUUUCCAGCUGGCCAUGGGCCUUCUACAGGUGGGCUUUAUUGUUGUCUACCUGUCUGACACACUGGUGUCCGGCUUCACCACGGCAGCUGCAGUCCAUAUUGUGGUGUCUCAGCUCAAGUUUGUGUUAGGACUGGAGGUCCCUGGCAUCAACGGACCACUCGCUAUCAUAUACACCCUUGAGAAGGUCUUUGUCCAGAUAACCUCCACCAACAUCUGUGACCUGGUGAUGUCCAUAGUGAUCAUGUUGGUGGUGUUUGUGGUGAAGGAGCUGAAUGAUAAAUACAAAGCCAAACUGCCUGUGCCCAUUCCCAUCGAGGCUAUCAUGACUGUUAUCGCUUGUGGGGUGUCCUACGGCUUCAACUUCGAGGAUAGGUAUAGAGUUCAGGUUGUUGGCAAAAUGGUUAGUGGGUAUGAGUCUCCAGUCGCCCCUAACAUGGACGUGUUACAACAGAGCGCUGCGGAGGCCUUCCCUAUAGCCAUUGUAGGGUUUGCCGUAGCCUUUUCUGUGGCUAAAGUCUACGCCAUUAAGCAUGAUUACACCAUAGAUGGCAACCAGGAGCUGAUUGCAUUUGGGGUCAGCAACAUAUUUGGUGCAAGCUUCAGGUCAUUUGCAGCCAGUACUGCACUCUCCAGGACGGCUGUGCAGGAGAGUUCUGGAGGCAGAACACAGAUUGCAGGCCUGAUCUCUGCAAUGAUGACAAUGAUUGUAACUGUGGCGCUUGGGUUUCUGCUGGAGCCUCUUCCCAGAUCUGUUCUAGGAGCCUUGGUUAUCGUCAACCUGAAGGGCAUGCUGAUGCAGUUCAGAGAAAUCCCGUACUUGUGGAGGAAGGACAAACCAGAAUGUGUGGUGUGGGUGGGAACGUGUGUGGGUUCCAUCCUGUUGGGACUGGAUAUUGGUCUGGCUGUGGGCCUCGGCGUGGAACUGCUCACUGUUGUCUUCAGGACUCAAUUUCCACGGUGUUGUGUCCUUGCUAACAUCCCAGGGACUGAGUUGUACAGAGAUAGUAAAGAUUACCUACAUGUAUUUGAACCAAGGGGAGUGAAAAUUUUCAGGAUACCUUCACCAAUCUUCUUCGCCAACAUUGACUUUUUCAGGGACAAACUUAUACAAGCAGUUGGUUUUAACCCUCUGCGAGUUUUACGGAAGAGGAACAAGGCUCUCAGGAAAAUCAAGAAAAUGUUAAAGAACAGUGAUGACCAUAUUACACAAAAAAGCUUGAGGGAUUUAUUUUGUUCAACAACAGAUGAGGGUUUUAAGAUGGAGGAGUUGGACCUGCCAACAGACCUCAGGGACCUCCCUUUCAGGAUUGACUGGAACGCCGAGCUUCCUGCCAACAUCAGUGUUCCCAGAGUAGACCUUCACAGCCUGAUCUUAGACUUCUCUGCCGUCUCUUUCCUUGAUAUAUCUGCGCUAAAAGGACUCAAAACGACACUGAAAGAGUUCAUUCGGAUCAAUGUGCAGGUUUACGUUGUUUCUUGUGACCCAUACAUCAUGGAGAAGUUACACAAAUGUACGUUCUUCGAUGAUGAAAUACAGACCUCCAUAUUCUUCCCAACCCUUCAUGAUGCCAUGUUGCAUACACUUACGUCAAAGAGCAAUGACACAAUUAAUGCACUUGUGCUCAAGGACACAAGGCUCUAGAAGAACCAUCUCCAAAGACAUCCAAACAAGAAACUCAAAUCAA